AUGCCGACACCGAACCAGUCAAAAACGUCGAGUUCUACAAAAUCAGAGAAGAGCACCAGUUCAGUGAAGGAGGUAGAGCAAUCAAAAAAGAAAAAAGCUCGUCGUGCCAGUGGGGAGUCUCUGGAAGGGCUUACAGAAAAAGAAUGGGAGGAAGGUUCAGUCGCUAAGCCUGCAGAGCUACUCAAUGCAGAGAAGCAAAAGAACGCAGUCAGUGUAUUUGUUGGACCGAAGGAAGUUGUUGAAAGAUCCGAACGUCCAAUAAAGCCGAAGGCUGUAAAAGAGGAGAAGAGUGAUCCAAUCGUUCAGCUGGUAAAUCGUGUUGCAAACAUGGUCACCGCCGGAAGAGAAGAUGCUCAAGCGGAAGUCAGUGUUACUGUGACUGUACGACCAAAGCCACAAAAGGAAUCUAAGCCAACAGAAGCAAAAGAACAGGCAAAAGAGAAAAAAUAG